AUGCGGGUGUGCGCCAUGGGUGCUCGCCAGGGGUACACAAUGCGGGUGUGCGCUGUGGCUGUGUGCUGCGCGGCGUGCCGGGUGCUGCUGGCGCUGCUGAGCCUGUGGCCGGGCCCCGCGGCGGCCGCCCCCCGCCCGCGGCCCCCCGACGCCCGCGCCGACCUCGACGGCGUCGUCAGCCUGGCCAAGGCCCUGCUCAGCGACACCAAGGCCUUCCUCGCCCUCCUCAAGUCGCGGUUCCCGGCGGAGGGGGAGCACAAGCUGGACUCGCUGCCCGUCCUCGCCAUGGGCGCCCUGGAGCUGGCCAGCAUCCCGGCGGCGGGGGCGCUGGCGCGGCUGAGCGGCGACCUGCAGCGCUACCAGCGGCACCUGGACUGGCUGCGGCGCGCGGGGCCGGCGCUGCGCCCGCUCGAGCCCGAGCUCGGUGCCCUGCACGGCCGCCUCGACCGCCUGCUGCGCCGCCUCGACCACCUGCUGUCCCGCCUGAGCCUGGCGCGCCCCAGCGAGCCGCAGCCGCCGCUGCCGCCGCCGGGCUCCCCGUGGGCAGCGGUGCAGGCGAGCCACGCCGUCUUCCACAGCCUCCACCUCUACCUGGACUGGGCCUCGCGCGCCCUCGUCCUGCUGCGCAACAAGCUGUGAGGGGCCCCGCGGCGGGGGGGCCGGCGUCCCCCCCCGCCCCCCCCGGGCCCAGCCGGCCUAUUUAUGCACCGCGCUAUUUAUUUAUUUAUUUCCCUCCGGUCUCCGUUAUUCUAUUAUUGUCCUUAUUUUAUUUUUAUUGUUAUUGUUAUUAUUAUUAUUAUUAUUAAUUAACGUUAUUUUGAAUGCCUUAAGUUAACGGCCCCGCGGCCGCUCCGCUCCGCGCGGGGAUCCGCCCCGGGUCUUCCCGCCCCCCCGGGCCCGCGGCAAAGCCCGGCGCGGAGCCGGGCCGGAGCCGCCCGCGGUAAUUUAUUGACUCGGGCCCCUCUCGGCCCCUUUUUUUACCUUUUCUAAGGGUUUUUUAAAAAGGAAAUAAAGAAUCUUG